AGACUAUGAAUACAGCUAAAUCUCAAACUGCUCCAUUUCCUUGUGUUAAAUGCAGACUGAUAACCCCUCCCUUUUCUCAAACACAGAGUUGAACUCUGACUUUAUAUUUCCUGAUUCCCGCCCCUUUCAUAGAUCUGCUAGUGUAGAAAUGGGUGUAACCAACAUGCUGGGAAGGGCGAGAGGCACAAACCACUUUAAUGCAGAUCAGCAUUCCUGUGUGACACUUGUAAUAGCUGUGAGGAAAGUGAAACUGUUGAGUCAUUCCCUGUUGUUGAGAGGUGAAAUGGCGCAGCAAGGAAAUCAGACACACGAGGUAAAAUUCUGCUGUUCGAUCUGUUUGGAUCUACUGAAGGAUCCAGUGACUAUUCCCUGUGGACACAACUACUGCAUCAACUGUAUUAAAACCCACUGGGAUGAAGAAGAUCAGAAGAAAAUCCACAGCUGCCCUCAGUGUCGAAAGACUUUCAUCCCGAGGCCUGUGCUGGUGAAAAACAACAUGUUGGCAGAGUUAGUGGAGGAAGUGAAGAAGAUUGGACUUCAAGCUGCUCCUGCUGAUCACUGCUAUGCCGGACCAGGAGAUGUAGCCUGUGAUGUCUGCACUGGGAGGAAGCUGAAAGCCUUCAAGUCCUGUCUGGUUUGUCUGGCUUCUUACUGUGAGCAACACCUCCAGCCUCACUAUGAAUCUCCCACUUUUAAAAAACACAAACUUGUCGAAGCCUCUUUUAAACUUCAGGACACCAUCUGCUCCCGUCAUGAUGAGGUGAUGAAGAUCUUCUGCCGCACUGAUCUGCAGUGUAUCUGUAUUGUCUGCUCCAUGGAUGAACAUAAAGGCCAUGACACAGUCUCAGCUGCAACAGCAAGGACUGAGAAGCAGAAGGAGCUCAGUCAAAGUCGGCAAAACAUCCAGCAGAGAAUCCAGGUCAGAGAGAAAGAUGUGAAGGAGCUUCAGAAAGAGGUAAAGACCAUCAAUCACUCCGCUGAUAAAGCAGUCGCGCACAGUAAGAAGGUUUUUACUGAGUUGAUCUGUGUCAUUGAGAAAAGAAGCUCUGAUGUGAAGCAGCAGAUCAGAUCCCAGCAGGAAACUGAGGUGAGUCGGGUAAAGGAGCUCCAGGAGAAGCUGAACCAGGAGAUCGCUGAGCUGAAGAGAAAAGACGUAGAGCUGGAACAGCUCUUCCACACAGAGGAUAACACCCAGUUUCUUCACAAAUACCCUUCACUGUCACAACUUCUUGAGUCUACAGACUCACCAAGACCAACAAUCAGUUGUCUGCAGUGCUUUGAGGAUGUAACAGCGGCUGUGGCAAAAGCCAGAGAUAGAAUACAAGCCAUUCUUUGUGAUGAAUGGAUGAAGACGACAGAGAUGGACAUGGAUGUUUUACUCUCACAACCGGAGCCCACGACCAGAGCAGAGUUCUUACAAUAUUCUUGUCAAAUCACACUGGAUCCAAACACAGCAAGGAAGUUUCUGGUUUUAUCAGAGGGGAACAGAAAGAUAACAUAUAAUGACAAAAAUACACCAUAUUCUCCACAUCCAGACAGAUUUAUUGGCGUAUCUCAGGUCUUGAGUAAAGAUGGACUGACUGGUCGUUGUUACUGGGAGGUGGAGAUGAGUAAAUAUGCUGGUGUAGCAGUUGCUUACAAGAGUAUUCGCAGAUCAGGGGACUUGAACUCAUAUGUAUUUGGAUACAAUGAGAAUUCUUGGAUAUUACAUCGUCGCACUGGUUACCUCUUCAGACAUGACAACCACUCAGCUUCCAUCUCGGGUCCUAAAUACUCCAGAAUAGGAGUGUAUCUGGAUCACAGUGCAGGUAUUCUGUCCUUCUACAGCGUCUCAGAAACUAUGACUCUCCUCCACAGAGUCCAGACCACAUUCACUCAGCCGCUCUAUGCUGGACUUUAUCUCAGUGGUCCUAAUGGAGACACUGUUGAGUUGUGUAAACUCAAGUAGAUAUUAAAGAGGCAAGGAAAGGUUCGUAUCAAACCAAGUCUACAAUACUGUAUCAAAAAUGUAUUGUAAUUUCUCUAGGACAUGAAUGCAGAUGUAGUUCACUAGUGGGUGUAGUUUAGCUUUACAGGUUCAAUUUUAAGUGAUUUGACCCAGGGUGGCUGUAUUCAUACUUUGCACGUGACGUCACAACUACUGGCUGGCGGGCAAGAACAUCGUUUUCCAGCAACGAAACCCAGUAAACUAAUCAAGGAUCUUGCCAGGACGUCGCCAGUUUUACUAUACAAAAGUUGGUGUUUUAAGGUGAAAGCGACAUGCCAGAUAGUUGUUUUAACAGGUGUUGUGCCAAUGUAGGUAAUCCAAAUAAGUGUUUCCCCUGGCAUUCAUUCAGCGAAGGCGGAGAAACAGUGCUGUGCUUGCUUUCAUCCAAGUAAAUUAAAACUAACAACAAUUGCAUUGUUUAAUUCAAUGUUCUGGUGUUGUAAUUAUCUACAAGGUUUUUUUAAAUGCUUUUAUUCUUUUGUACGUCGUAACGUCGUACUACGUACUGAACGGAAAAACCAAGGCAAUGAUUACCUCAUGUGAUUUGACAUAUAACACGCUGUAAUUCAAGUCCUGGUAUGGAAUUUGUCGAACUAAAUAAACGUCCAUAUCCAAAAUCAAGAUCACUGUGAUUGUUUUCUGGCUUCAAUUACGUCUCUUAAAUCUACUUCACUCGAAAUGUACUAUAAUAGACAGAUGAAGUCGGCGUUUCUUGCCCGCCAGGUAUCCAUGGUAACCACGUGACUGCAAAGUAUGAAUAGGGCCUUUUGUUUUUUUAUGUGUGUGUGAAUAUGAUCACCAUGGACUUUGGGUUUGGAUAAAUGGUGAGGGAGACAGUGCUGAGUUGUGUGAGCUCAAGUAGACAGAUUUAUUAAAGAGGUGAUUAAUAAAGUUGAUAAUCAAUAACUGAGAGACUGUUAACCUUUUUAAUCAUUUGAUGCAGUCUGUAUUUCUGUUGAUUGUGUUUCCUUUUGUUACAACUAUGAUAAUGAACAUUUUCUCUGUUUUUGUUUAAGUUUAGUGCAAUUUAAGUGAGAUCACUGCAGCAGUACAGAUCUUUUAGAAUUUUUCAAACUGAUGAAUUUGUAAAAUGGAAUAAAUUUGUGACUUUGA